AUGCUAAGAGAAUUAUGCACCGGAAGAAAAGGAAAAGAAGAGACAAAAGGAAUAGAGACCAGUGAAUCAGCACGUGAACCUGAAGUACUUAAAAUGUCAGAUAAAUUAAAGGUAAUAAGGUUAGGAGUAUUAACAGCUAACAUUGAGUCAUCCGAAGACUCAAAAGUACCUAGAAUAGUAGAUGUAGACGAAAAAGUGUUUCAAUUUAAAACUAGAUCUUCUGAAGACUCGGAUGAACUUGAGAUUGUAGAGGUAGACAGAGGUAUAAAACCAGAGGAAGCAUUAAUUUCAUUAGAAGAGUUUAUUUCUUCAUUGGUAGAGGACUUAGAGGUCUCCCAUGAAUCGGAAAAAUUACCUAAAGCGGGUCAGCCUGGAUUUACUGGUGGACGUUGA